AACCCACGGAACCAAUGUGAACGAGACGAAACUUCUCCAUUUCCACUCUAUACUUAUGCUCCUUCUUCCUCCUUCUAUUCAUUUCACAAUUUUUCAUCUACUUGUUCUGUAUAAUAUUACUUCUCAAUUUCAAAGGGUGUGGUGGUGAAUUUCAAUUACUUCUCCAACUGCAACGGCCAUUAAUUUCAACCUCUGCAUAACCUUCAAGAACGGUGACUCAUGAUAACAUUGAUCAGCUCAAUCACCAUCCAGAAAUGUUUCAUUUUGCUGAUAAUCUUUGUGGCGGCGUGUACAGCAAGAGUGCAAAACGUCACAAGAAACUACCAGAAUCGUUGUGGAGGGGAAAUUCUUCAGUACCCUUUUGGAUUCUCUGAAGGGAGUGGAAUCAAACUGAACUGUACUGAGAACAGAGUCCAAGUUGGUGGUUUUCAGGUUCAGAAUGUUACCAGUGACAGCAUAUUCAUCUAUCUCCCUGCAAAAUGCAACCGUAGUAUGCUAUCAAUUUAUCCACUUUUUGGUGGCAAUUUUGCUCCUACACGGAACAAUAGCUUUCUGGUGCAGGAUUGUGAGGCGGCGAUUGGUGGAUGCGUUAUCCCUGCUUCAAGUUUUCUGGGGAAUCAGAUUGAGGUGGAGAGCUGCGAUAAAACAAGUGGGAAUAUCAGUUGCUUUAUGAAGCAGAAGAAGCAAGAGAAUGAAGGGGUGGUGGAUUCUGAUUUUUUGACAUUUGAUGAAUUGAAUGGAACUGGGUGUAGGUACUUGUUCUCAGCGGUGGCUUUUGGUCAGAGCAAGGAGAUUACUGUGCAGUUUCAGGAGGUUGAGUUGGGGUGGUGGCUUCAAGGGCCUUGUCAUUGCUCUGCUAACGCUACCUGCACAACCGUGAAUCUCCAAAACGGGAGCUCCGGGUUCCGGUGCCGGUGUAACGAUGGCUUCCAGGGAGAUGGCUUUGCCAAUGGCGCCGGUUGCUGGAAAGCUCCAAGUUGCAGUGCGUCAACACUAACAUCUGGAGGGUGUGGGAGUGCAACCAAAAUUGGUGUUAUUGUUGCAGUGAUCGUGACUGUAGCUUUGGUCGUGGUUGCUCUCUUGGUUCUAUGCUAUUGUGUCAGGCGCCGUUCAUGGUUGGGAAAGAAUACAAGAGUAAAGCGCUUGUUACGUGAAGCUGCAGGAAGCUUUAGCGUGCCUUUCUACCCUUACAAAGAGAUAGAGAAAGCCACAAAUUCUUUCUCUGAUAAACAAAGGUUAGGGACUGGGGCUUUUGGUACAGUUUAUGCUGGAAAGCUUCACGAUGAUGAGUGGGUUGCUAUCAAGAAGAUAAGGCAUAGAGACAUCGACAGCAUUGACAAAGUCAUGAAUGAGAUCAAGCUACUUUCAUCCGUGAGUCACCCAAAUUUAGUUCGCCUCCUGGGUUGCUGCAUAGAAGAGGGAGAGCACUCAGAGCAGAUACUUGUUUAUGAAUACAUGCCUAAUGGAACACUGUCUCAGCAUUUGCAAAGAGAGAGGGGUGAAGGUCUUCCAUGGACAGUAAGACUUACCAUUGCUUCUGAAACUGCCAAUGCUAUAGCAUAUCUCCAUUCUGCAAUUCAUCCCCCAAUUUACCACAGAGACAUAAAAUCUAGUAACAUACUCUUGGAUUAUAGCUUCAAAUCUAAAGUAGCUGAUUUUGGGCUUUCUAGGCUAGGCAUGACAGAAACAUCGCACAUCUCAACCGCUCCGCAAGGGACUCCGGGUUAUGUCGACCCCCAGUACCACCAGAACUUUCACCUUUCUGAUAAAAGUGAUGUCUACAGCUUCGGAGUAGUUUUGGUAGAGAUAAUAACUGCGAUGAAAGUGGUUGAUUUUGCCCGACCUCAGACUGAGAUUAACUUAGCUGCACUAGCUGUUGACAGGAUCCGGAGGGGCUCUAUAGAUGAGAUUGUAGAUCCUUUCCUUGAACCUAAUAGGGAUGCUUGGACACUAUACUCCAUUCAUAAGGCGGCUGAACUUGCAUUUAGAUGUCUUGCUUUUCAUAGUGACAUGAGGCCAACUAUGAUGGAAGUGGCUGAGGAGCUAGAACACAUCAGACGCAGUGGAUGGGCGACCAUGGAGGAAACCAUAGGCAUGGCUUCGUCGGUCGGGUCUGCGUGUUCAUCGCCUCGCAAUGGAAGUGAGAAAUCAGUGAAUAGUGUUAAGAAAGUGGGGCAGGAGAGUGAGGGAUUGAUUGUUCCGCCGAAGGACGAGAGCUAUUUGCAAUCUAUGGAGGUGAAGGACAGCUCCCCGGUAUCGGUGCAUGAUCCUUGGUCAAGUGGACACAGCUCACCUUCAUCAAACAGCUUGCUCGAAAAUGUCGUACGGUGACAUAACAUAAGCCUCUAGAAAUGUGAAUACUAAAGGCAUAUAUAACAAAAGUAUUCUUUUUUGCCUAUUUUUGUGUGUGGUUAGGAUUCUACUUUACUAACAAUUUCCAAAGCUUAUAUGCGGAAAUUAUCAGCAAUAUACAGAAACCUGUAUGCAGACAGGAUGAAAACUAUGAAUAAUUACAAUUGUUGCUGGAAAUAACCAAAUAGCCUAGGCUGUAUUUGUACUAAGUAAGAACAACUAAAGAUUGCGUUAAGCAAAAAUGAAGGGUUUUGAAGAAGGCAGCAAUUGACACCA